UUUUUUAAAAUACUACGUUCCCCAACACUCCGUAUGGCCCAAAGUAUCAUUGACCUUUUGUACUUCUUUUUCCCAUCAAGUGUUGACAAGCUUAAUUCAGAAACUGGACUUGUAUAUGGAGAACCUGCUGUAGUGCUGGAGACUGGUAACGAUAAAAAUGCAAUUGUGAAUAUAAGGAUGGUAACCUGCGGGUUUGGUGCUGAGCAAGUCAUAUUGGUUCGUGAUGAUGCUACCAAAAAACAAAUUGUUGAUCUUGUUGGUACACAGGCCCUUGUUUUGACUAUUGUUGAAUGUAAAGGUCUUGAAUUCCAGGAUGUGCUGUUGUACAAUAUUUUCAGUUCAUCGCCUUUAAGAAACUAAUGGAGAGUUGUCUAUGGCUAUAU